AUGGCAUCUUCCUCUAGCCAGAAUAUUAUGGAAUGGGAAGAAGAAUUGCUCAGUUGUCUUUUCUCUCUCAGCGUGCUGAUACAGGACUCGAUAUCCGUCCUGUCUGAUGGUGCGUCAACAACAGCCAAUGGACCAAGCACCCUGGAUGGACUAGAGAUCUACCUACGGUCUUCACAAGACAUGUGGAUGAAUUCAGUCUACAACUUGCGCAUUGUCUUGUUUGAAAGCCUUGCAGGACUUUUUGAGGAUGGAGCGUCCAAAAUGAAUUACGUUACGGACCUGGUGCAAGUUCUAGGCACAUUGAGUUUGGAAGCACGCCAGGGCGUCGAAAAAUGUCUUCUCAAUCUGCUUAACAGUCUUGGGGACAAUAAAAAGUUAGUGGUAGAUGAUUGUUGGACGCCGGAUUCGCUUUUGUCGUCCAUGCACGGGCAUUAG